AUGGCUGUGUGGGAGACCGAGGACGAGUCGUCCAAUGUAGCAACGGCAGCGGCCGCCUCGCUUCCCACACCAGCCGACACGCCGUAUAGGACACCGUCGCGCGGUUCUAGGAAAUCGCGCCGCUCCAUAACGCCUCCUGGGAAGAACGGCAUACCACCAUUGCCGACCGAAAAAGCCGACCGGAAUUCCAAGAGAUCAUCGGUCGACUAUGCCAACGACGAGAACAUUAGUGUUCUGGACCCCCGCCGUUUCACCCCAAACCUACACGCGAAUCUCGUCUCGGAAAUUCUGAAUCUGCGCAGAGACCAGGAAGAUAAGACAAAGAUAAUUGAAAGCCUCGAGAGCACCCUGCACGCAGAGAGGGAGGAGCAGCAGUCCCUGCAGGACACCCUGACGAGCAUCUCUAAGGAAAACCGCUCGAUCAAGCGACAGUUGGCACUGCUAGAGGGCGGUACUUCUUCGGCUCUCGGCGAGCUCGCGCGCGAGCGAGAUGAAGCUAUUGAUGCUAUUGCCGAGGUGAGGAAGAGGUUGGAGACGACACAGAAACGGCUACGGCAACAAGAGGAUGAUUCCCAGCGCGUUCAUGAUCAGUUCGAGAAGGAGAGGUUGGAAUGGGACGAAGGUCGGCGCAAGUAUGAGCGCAAGGUCCAUGUCGCUGAGAGUCGGCUCAAGUCCCUGCUGGAGGAAGUUGCCGCGUUCCAGGCCGCCCAAGCUCAGGGUCUCGCCAACGGGUCAGAGGCAGAAGCUGAAGAGCCAGGCCGCGAUACCAACGAUGCAGCGAGCAUUCGGACCAUGAGCAUGACCAACAGCAUCCGCUUUUCCACAUUCAGCACACCCGGCAAGCCCAUUGGCCACUCGCUCGCAGACGAGCUCAACUUUGAUGGAGAGAGUGACUACGACACGGAUGCCGGCCGCGGCCGAGACAGCGCUCUUUCUCACCACAUGCACAUGCGCAACAACAGCAAGGAUAGUGUUUUGUCUAGGAUGCAUCGCCGAAACAUCAGCAACGACAGCCUGAUCCGCCCAGGCAGCGCCCAGAGGACGAAAUUCCUAAACCAGUCCGUGUUGGACCGCCUGGAAGACGGCGUCAUUGAGGAGGAUGAGGAAGACACCACCAUGAUUGUAUCCGACACGCCCCCAAAGCCUGCCUCCACGUACGUUGAUGCUGCUGUUCAGUACUCGCCUCCUCCGUCUCCGGUAGUCCGGCCGGUCAAGCCAGUGACGCCCGAACCGCCUGCUGUUCCCUCACGCGCUUCAAAGAGCCUGGAGAGCCAUGAAAACUCUCCGAGGGCAGAUGGUGAAGUCGAGGCCAAUCAGAGGCGGAAGAGGGUUCACAUUGCACGACCGAUGACCAUUGAGGCUGUCGUGAGGCAGACGCCCUCAAUGGUAUCAACCAGCUCUCAGACUACAGAACCUUGGAGCCAGCGGAAGAGUGUUGUACUCGAAAUGGUCCCCGCUCCUAAGCCGGCGAUGGUCUCCGCCUCUACGCAAACGGAAGCCUCCUCAACUCCUGCGCCUGCCACCGCCCCUGCGCCCGCCGGCGACAAGGACUUGAUGCAGAUCCCGAGCAUCAGCAUUCAUCCACCCACAAGCCGGCCGUCGACGCCUCGAGAGCCACGCCUGCCACAGCUCACCAAAGACUUUGGCUGCCAAGUAGCCAUCAUCACAUCAUCCGUUUCGACAAGGUCUGUUUCGGUCCAGACGGAGAAAAUCAAGAUGGACGAGCGUCUGAAGAAGCUUCCCGCUCACCUUCAUCCCUCGGCCAUCACAUCACGGCCCGUCUCCCCAGUACCUGCGCCCUCGGCUACUAUGGACGGUCAGGCCUCCAACCCGUCUCCUGAUAACCUUCCUCCCCGCAACCCAAUGAGACUAGCUACGCAGAAGAGCCUGUCGAAUCUCACGAACCCCACGAAAUCCCCCACUUCUCCAACAACACCUACAAUGCCCGCUAGCCCUACCAUCCAGGUUCAGGAGAGUGAGGAGACAACGGAUGCGUACCCUGGCAACAAUGAUGAUGGCCCGCUAUCAAGCCAAAAGGCUCCCAUCAGGCGACCACAUCGUAUCAGCAGCUUGUUUGCGGGUUUUGAUGGUGGCAGUUCCGACGAGGCCGAUGAAUUUGCAGGAGCCGAUGUCAGUGAUUCAGAGUUCAGGACUGCCCUGACUGCACCUGGAGGGGCCAGGCCACCAUCGGUAACAGGCAAUGAACAUACCAGACGGGCCUCUGGUGGUGCCAAGCGUGCUCUCGAGUCGCCAGUAUCAAUCAAACAAUCGGGCACGCGAGGUCAUAAUCGUUCUGGAGCGGCUUCGGCAUCGCCGACCACGGAGACUUACUCAAAGUUUGCCAUUCCGGAUGGCCGGCAGAGCGGCGAGUCUGCCGUGGGCUCUUGGAGAUCUUCGAUGCAGAGCGUGGGCAGUUCGCGAUCACAAGGUGACAAGCUCGGAGCUCUGAGCUCCAACCGAGCCAGCGUCAUGCGCAAGGCUGUCAUGAUACAAAAUGGCAUCGCCACGCAUCAAGGACGGUCCAGAAGCCCCAGCUUGCCAGAUGCGAUGAACCCUCCAUUCCCAAUUCCAACUCGUGCCAGUUCUCGCCGCCCGCCGUUCAGCGCUAGCGCACCCAGUGACGGUCAGCGGAGUCCGACCAGGCGUCAUUCCAAGCAGCGUCCGUCUAGCAUCCGGAAGAUCAAAUCGGCAGCAGCCUUGCCACCGCGGCAGAAGAGAACCGGAAGCCGCUCGCCCCCGGCCUUCUCAGCUGCCGAGGAGGAGGACGAAGAUCCCUUGGAGAGCCCAGGUUUGCCACCACUGCCCAACAACGACAUAACCACACCUCGUACAAACAGCCGCUUCAGCAGGUCACAUCACCGCCAGCAACCGUCCACGAGCACAGCCGUCACUAACGCCACCACCGGCGCGGCGUCUACCGGCGGCAAUUCGACACAAGCAGCCACCGGAGUUGUGGAUGCUAUUGCGCAGACCAUGGUUGGUGAAUGGAUGUUCAAGUACGUGCGGAGGCGCAGGUCUUUUGGAGUACAGGGCAGCGGCGAGGCCAGCGGAAGGGACGACACUAGUAACGAUAGGCACAAGCGUUGGGUGUGGUUGGCGCCUUAUGAGCGGGCCAUUCUAUGGAGUAGCAAGCAGCCGGUGUCGGGAAGCGCUUUGUUAGGCAAGGCGGGCCGCAAACUGGUAAUCCAGUCUGUCUUGGACGUCAAGGAUGACAAUCCGACACCCAAGGGCGCCACUUCGGUAUUCGAUCGAUCUAUCCUGAUCCUCACACCGCAGCGUGCCCUCAAGUUUACCGCUACUACACGAGAGCGGCACUAUGUGUGGUUGACUGCGUUGUCCUUCCUCGCACACUCGAACCAGGAGGUCCCCGAGAUUUUGGCAUCGCCACCAUCGGCGACGCUUGCUGUGAACAAGGCACCUCUUUCCGACUAUGACUUGGCGCAACAAAAGCCCCAAAGGCGUGCUGGAAUCAGGGACUCGAUCAGGCUGGCCAAGGGCCGGACGAUCGUGACACGAGGUGGCGGCGGAGGUGGCCUCAUGAGCAUCGCGUCGUCGACUCAGACCGACUUCAAUACAUCCAGCCUCCCUUCUAACAGGCCUCCCGAGUCUAUCAUGUCGUCCAUCUCUGCAGGAACUGCAGGAACUUCCUAUGGCCCGGCAGGCUUCGUCAGCACCAUGUCUAGUAGCCACCAGCGCGACACUUCACGCGACACGGCAGCACCCCCGCCCAUUCCUCGAUUUCACGAUUCGAGAAUGAGCAUGCUCAGCGAGCGCGCCAACCAGGUCAUGGUGCACGGCCGCAAGCGGAGCAACACGGGCGGCCACGUCCCACCACCCCUAUCUUUCCGCGGCUUUUCCGGUCCCCCGAGCAACGGGAGGGACAGCGCUAACAGCGGCAGCUACCAUCAGUCGACAAACAGCACGGCCGGGGCCAGCGUCGAGACUUCGGGAUCGUCGGGCAUCCUGGGCAGCUUUGGCGGCAGCAACUGGAACGGCGGCGGCGGCGGCGGCGCCAACAGCAGCAGCGUGGGGCAGGCGAGCCAGCGCACGUCAGAGGCGUCGUCGCGGCCGUCGGCGACCCCGUCCAACAACUUUUUCGACGCCAUCGGGACGGUCCGCAUGGAGGCCUUCAUCAGCCCCCUGACGCACAACUCGGUCGGCGCCAUGGGCGCCUACCCGGACGAAGAGGACGAGAUGAGGUACCGCGCGCGGAGGAGGAGCAAGGAGAUGCGACGCCGGGCCAGCCGCAGUCGGCAGCGCGACAGUCACGGGAACCGCAUCCCGGGGGCUGCGUCUAGGGCUGGAUCCCGAUACGAGGAGGACUUUUUCUCUCGCGAUGAUCCUUUCAAAGGGUUCUAG